AUGGGGUCUCCAGAGGACAGCUCGCUGCAGCAGCAGCAGCAGCAGCAGCAGCAGCAGCAGGAACAGCAGGAAGAGCAGCAGCAAUGUCAGCAGGAGCAGCAGCAGCAGCAGCAAGAGGAGCAGCAGCAGCAGCAGCAAAGUGACCGCACCGACCGCAGCCCUGCUGCUGCCUCUCCCCAGCCCGAGCAGCAGCAACAACAGCAGCAGCAGCAGCAGCAGCAAGAGCAACGAAGCAAGGAUGAGCAGCAGCAAGAGCAGCAGCAGCAGCAGCAGCAGCAGCAGGAAGGGGAUAUCGCAGCAGCAGAGCUGCAGUGUAGAAACGAUAAACUGCUGCUGCAGCAGAACUCGCUUUUGGAUUCAUUAACGACAGAAAGAAUAGAAAGGCUAGCAGCAGAAAGACAAGCUCUUGCUGCAGCAGCAGCAGCAACUGUUGCUGAGGGAAAAGCAAAGCUGCUGCAGCGUAGACUCGAAGCAGCAGAAGCAGCGCAGCAGCUGCUGCAGCAGCAGCUAGAAGACACGCAGCAGAAGCAGCAGCAGCUGCAGCAGCAGCUGCAGCAAGCUAAUAAAGAAACUAACGCAGCUAAGGCAGCGGAGCAGCAGCAAAAGGAGCAGCAGCAGCAGCAGCAGCAAGAACAGCAGCAAAAGUAUGAUGAACUCCAUAAUCUGCUGCAGCAGCUGCAGCGGAAGUAUGCAUGCCUGCAGCAGCAGCAGCAACUGGAUGCUACUGCUGCUGAUGAGAAGCAACGACUGCAGCAGGAGCUGCUCGACAUGAGAGAGAAUCUGCUGCAGCAGAAGGAUGCUGUUGCUGCUGCGCAGCAGCAAGUCAUCGAAGAACUGCAGCAGGAGAAGCAGCAGCUGCUGCAGGAGGUAAAAGAAACUAACGCAGCUAAGGCAGCGGAGCAGCAGCAAAAGGAGCAGCAGCAGCAGCAGCAGCAAGAGCAGCAGCAAAAGUAUGAUGAACUCCAUAAUCUGCUGCAGCAGCUGCAGCGGAAGUAUGCAUGCCUGCAGCAGCAGCAGCAACUGGAUGCUACUGCUGCUGAUGAGAAGCAACGACUGCAGCAGGAGCUGCUCGACAUGAGAGAGAAUCUGCUGCAGCAGAAGGAUGCUGUUGCUGCUGCGCAGCAGCAAGUCAUCGAAGAGCUGCAGCAGGAGAAGCAGCAGCUGCUGCAGGAGGCAGAAGCAAGAGAGGCGGAGCUGAAGCAAGCCCGCGAGGACGCCGCAGCAGCACAAGCAGCAGCAGCAGCAAACACAAGCAACGAACAGCAGCAGCAACAGCAGCAGGAGCAGCAGCAGCAGCAGCAGCAGCAGCAGCAGCAGCCUGGUAUGACUGAAGAGGAGGCGAAGCUGCAGCUGCAGAAGAUAUGUGACCAGCAGCAGCAGCAGCAGCAGCAGCAGCAGCAGCAGCAACCGACGGACCUCGCAAUUAAACUUUUGAUGGAGCUCGAUGCAAAGUCUCACCAAGUCAGUCUUGCUGCUGCUGCUGUUGUUGCUGCUGCUGUUCCUGCUGCUGCUGCUGUUGCUGCUGCUGCUGCCGUUGGUGGUGCUGCUGCUGCUGCUGUUACUGCUGCUGCUGCUGCUGCUGCUGUUUACUUGGAGUUUCCUGGGGGUCAGAUGCAGCAGCAACAGCAGGAGGCCGAGGCUUGGAAGGCGGCGGCGCAGCAGCUGCAACAGCAGCAACAGCUGCUGCAGCAGCAACUGCAGCAGCAGCAGACAGAGCUGCAGCAGCAGCUGCAGCAGCAAGCAGAGCAGGAGGGGCGCAUGCAGCAGCUGCUGCAGCAGAACAAGAAAAAGAAUCAGCAGAUUCAACUACUAGAGAAUGAGUAUCGGGAGAAGGAAGAAGAGGCGAGGCGGUAUAUACACCGCAACGACGAGCUGCUGCAGCAGGUUGCUGCUGCUGCUUGGGAGCUGCAGCGGCUGCGGCAUGAGCAGCAGCAAGGCAUAACGGCAGCAGCAGCAGCAGCAGCAACAAGCAGCAGCAGCGAGCAGCAAAAGCUGAAGCUGCAGCUGCUGCAGCUGACGGAGCAUCGCGACGCAGCAGAGAAGCAGCAGCAGCAGCAGCAGCAGCAGGAGCAGCUCCAGCUGCAGCACGAGCUGCGAGAGUUGCAGCAGCAGCUGCAGCAGGUUCAGGCUGACCGCACAGAGCUUGCUGCUGCAGUAGAGAAGCUGCUGCAGCAGCGGCAGCAGCUGCAGCAGCAGCUGGAGGAGCUGCGGCAGGACUCGACCCCAGAGAAGCACCCGAAAGCAGCAGAGCAGCAAUCAGCAGCAGCAGCAGCAGCAGCAGAGCAGCAGCAGCAGCAGCAGCAGCAGCAAAACAGAAUUGCGGAACGCCUGGAAGAAGCAGAAGAUAAAAUGAAACGUUUUGUUACGCAGAUGCAAGAAGUUGCUGCGACGCUGUGCGUGGAGCAGCAGCAAACGAGCAAGCUGCUGGCUGAGAAGCAGCAGCAGCAGCAGCAGCUAGCCGAGCAGAAAGCAACAGCAGAUUUCUUCCGCAGCGAGUGUACGCGGCUGCAGCAGCAGCUGCAGCAGCUGCAGCUGCAGCAGCAGCAAAGCAGCAGCAGAGCAGCAACAGCAGAGCAGCGCAGCAGACAGCUCGAAGGAGAAGCACAAUCUAUAAGAGACGAGCUGCACCUGCUGAAGCAGCAGCAGCAGCAGCAGCAGCGGGAGAUUAGCCAGCAGCAGCAUGCACUACAUUCUAAGGAGCUGCUGCUGGUUGAGCUGCAGCAGCAGCUGCAGCAGCAGCAGCAGCAAGCAACUGCAGCAGAUGUGCAGCACGAGGAACGCUGUGCUUCUCUACAGGUGCAGCUGCAGCUGCAGCAGCAGCAGAACGCCACGCUGCUGCAGCAGCACAAGCAAGACACCCAGCAGCUGCAGCAGCAGCUAGCUAACCUCGGUGAUGUGUUGAGGGAGAGAGAGUCGCAGCACGCGGAAGCAAGAGCAGCAGCAGCAGCAGCAAAAGAGGAGCUGCAGCAGCUCAAACCAACUGUAGAGUAA